AUGGUAUCUAAUGCCUCUCCAGGUCCCAACACCCGUCCUUUAGGGUCUGCGAUUGAAGUAACUGCAGUGGGUGACCCAGAUGAAAACGGUGUCUUAAUUUUUCUGUCUCCAGACAUGCAGGCUAGUUUGAAGUCUACCAUGGAUAGUAGCUGCACAAAUGCGGUUGACACGAGCUGCUAUCAAGCAGUUAUGAACGUUCUUGAGGGCGCCAAUCGCGUCCUUCAAUCCCGCGACCUUAAGAAACACGAGCUAGAAAGACGAGAGGUGCCUGUUCUAGGAGCUAUCGCUAUCUUAGUAGCUGGCUUAGUAUGGCCGAUCAUUUACCAUGGAGACCAUGUGGUCCCGGUGCCGAUAAAUAUUCCCCCGGCGCAAAUUGAGGAGUCUUUUGAUCUGGAAACUGCCACUGCUAUCAUUGUCGUCACCGAUGAUAAUGCAUCCCCGAUGACCGUAACUCAGCCCCCAGAGCAGGCCGUGGCCACCGGAUCCCCGCUCAUCAUCACGACCAUGGCAAGUUCUGGCAAUGGUGCAAGUGUGGGGGAUGUGGCUAUUAAGCUGGACUCAGCAGAGGCAGCGCACUUGCAGGCGCUGCUAUCCGGUUCGAACAACGGCAACUGCGAUGUGGGCAACGAUUUCUUCACUCCCACGCUUCGGGCUCGCCAACUCGACCAGUCAAAUAUUAUCUGUGCUGGCAUGAACGUCAUCGCCGACGGCAUCACUCGCGAUGGGGUCCAACCCUGGCUUUUUGUCAUUCCCGUAGUUAGCGUUAAAAUUAGUAAAAUACUUAUAUUAAUAACUAUCUUAUCCGUCGCUACCUAA